AUGUCUACUACAAACUAUAGCAUUUCGUCCGACUUAUGGGUCCUGGUGACCGGUGCCAACGGCUUCAUCGCUACCCAUGUUAUCGAGGCCUUCUUGGUCCAAGGCUACAAAGUCCGAGGCACGGUGCGUUCCGAGAAGCCAUGGGUGGACGAAUACUUCAAGGGUAAAUAUGGCCCAGCCAACUUCGAGACAGUAAUCGUGCCAAAGCUGGAGGAAGACGGCGCGCUAGAUGGGUGCUUGGCAGAUGUGGGCGGGGUGGUGCAUGUGGCAUGCAAUAUGUCGUGGAGUGCCGAUCCCCAAAGUCUCAUUCCCGAGGUGGUCACAGCAACCUUAAAUGUUCUCUCUGCUGCUGCGCGAGUGAGAUCCGUCCAGCGGGUGGUGCUGACAUCUUCUGUGGUUACGGCUCGUUCUCGGUGCCCCGGCACAGGGGAGAUCACGGACUAUACUGUGAAUGAGAACAAAUGGAAUGAUGCGGCCGGUGCCGCUGCCUGGGAUCCAACGACUCCGGACCACAUGAAGCCCGGUGUGGUGUAUACGGCAGCAAAGGUCGAAGCCGAGCGUGGGGCUUGGAAAUGGAUCGCGGAGCACAACCCACCUUUCGUUUUGAACACUGUACUCCCCAAUGUGAACUUCGGCAAGAUCCUGUUCCCCGGCAAGCAAGGUACUUCGAUGGCGGUGACACGCUUACUGCUCGAUGGGAACGAUGUGGCCACAAAGAUCAUGCCCGCACAAUGGUAUGUGGAUGUUGAAGACACCGCACGACUUCAUGUGAUUGGACUUUUAGAUCCAGAUGUUCAGUCGGAGCGUCUGUUUGCCUGCGCUGGUCCGUAUACUUGGACCCAGGUCUUGAACAUUAUGCGAAAACUCCGACCAGAUUGUUCAGCAAUACCUGAUAUUCAGGAGGAAAAGAAUAUUCGCCCCUUUGAGGUUGUACCUUCGAAGCGAGCCGAGAAACUCAUCCAAGCCUUCUACCACAGGCCAGGGUGGACAUCCCUGGAGGAAUCUUUGGCUCGGGGGGUGUCAGAUUAA